AUGUCUCGCAAAGUCAUGAAAGUCGCAGCUGUUCCCGAAGAGGCCUUGCAGCUGCUCAGAUCUCUCAGUGAGCAAGGUGUGCUCCAAGAAGCCUUGCGUCAGAUUAUGGUCCCUUCUGGCUGCUCGUCUAUGAGCGAUGCUUCGAAGCGCCGUGGUGAUGAUCUCUCUGAGCCUGAUGAGUUCCAAGUGAUCGCUGACUUGGAUGAGACUGGUGGCAGCGAUCAGAAUACCCAGGUGAAUGGAGUAGAGGUCAUCAUUCGGGGAAUCAAAGUUGACAUUCGAAGGACCCUUUCAGCUGAGAAAAGGAGCCAACUGCGUGACUGGCCCCGG